AUGUGGAAGGAGUUCGGAAUGUGCCAAAGAUUGCAACCGCAGGCUUCUUAUUACUGCCCGAAAGCUUGUGGCUAUUGUAAAGACGUUGAGGAAACCUCAACUUUGCCGGCUGUAACGUCAACAGUAAGCGAUGCCGCCUACAAGGUGACUGAAAAAGCUGCUGAGAUGAUUGUUAAUACCACUGAAAGUGCUUUGCCCGCAAGUUCAACGGUCGAAUACAAGGCUACAGAGAGAGAUAAUGAGAGGAGUGAGAGCAGUACUGAGGGUAGUGAAAGUAGUGAGAGUAGCGAAGAAGUAGAUGACCUAACAACAACUGCAGGACCAUCCAACACGACGGAAGAGAAUCCUAAUGACAGCAAUGACAUCAAGAGCAAUUUAUCGUUGUUUUUUAUCACCUUUAUGUUAAUAAAAUUAUGGUAA